AUGAUUGGGAUUCGCGAUUUGCUUCGCUACGCCGCGCCGGGGACACCAGAUGGUCUGUCCGCUCUGCUCGUAUCCAGAGUGACUGCGACUUGCGCCGGCCUGGCCCAAUUUCUCCUCGUCGUCCGACCUACCAACCUAAGCUGGUCAGGAAUGACGAGCAAUUGCCAACAACGCGUCCUGAUUCCUAGAGUCCAGCCUUUGACUCUCAAUCUCUUCUUCAUUACUCGCAGCCCAGGCAAUACUGUUACUGUGCACAUACACAAAUAA